UGCUUUUAACUCCUGCAGGAUCCUUUCUGCGCCCUGGAGAGAGUGAAAGUUCAGGGGAAGAAACAGAAGUGUAUUAAAGAAAGUGCACUGCAACUAUUAAACAUAUUUACCCGAAGCGUUUGAUCGUAGAGACAAAAAGAAACCUUUGGACGUAGACGUGGGCACAUGUGUGUCCAGAUCGGAAGCGCACAGAUUUGGAUGGGUUUGGUCCUGUGGAAAUGCUUUCAUACUCAAGAAUAUAUGGAUGACAAAAUAUGACUGAAGCACAAACACAAAGUGGAAGGUAAUCUGUCAAGGCGGAAGCACUAAAAGUGAAGAAAGUUUCCAUGUCAGUGUUUGCAUAUUUGAUUUGAAGAUGCGCUGGGUUUGUUCCUGUGCUCUGUUGAUGAUGGUGCUGGAUAAUGCUGUGCCCAUGCCUGCGUGGAGAAAAGACACGGUGACUAGUAUUCAGUUGGAGAAACCAUGUAUGCUGGCACAUCCACAUGUGGACAUGCAAUCACAUGUAGGUCCAGCCCGGUCCAAACGCUAUUCCAUCAACCCACUGGGCUACAAGUGGGAGCAUUUCAACAUCACCUACAAGAUCACAAAGUUCCCCAACACACUGAAUAAAGAAGACACCCGCAAAGCUAUCAAUAUCGCCUUCACAAAGUGGAGUGAUGUUUCCCCUCUGACUUUCAAUGAAAUCACCAACAUAAACAAAAGUGCUGAUAUCACAAUAGGUAAAUUGCAGGAACAGAGCCAAGACACCGUGCAUAUGAUCUUGUUAGGGUUCUACACGUACAAUCAUACAGAUUGUUGGUGGUCUCCUCUUCACCCAUGUUUUGAUGGUUUGAAUGGUGAGUUGGCCCACGCCUUCCUUCCUCCACGUGGGGAGAUCCACUUCGACAACCAUGAAUUCUGGAUUCUGGGCAAAUCUCGCUUCAGCUGGAAGCAAGGUGUAUGGCUGAAUGACCUUGUUCAAGUAGCUGCUCAUGAGAUUGGACAUGCAUUAGGACUCUGGCAUUCACGGGACCCUAAUGCUCUAAUGCACCCUAAUGCAACAUACACAGGACAGCGAAACAUCGCCCAAGAUGAUAUCUGGGGCAUCCAGCGCCUUUACGGGUGUAUGGACAAAAAGCGUGUGUGUGAUGCCUGGGCCCGGUUGGGUUUUUGUGAGAGAAGGCGGAGCUUCAUGAAGAAAAACUGCCCCCAGCGAUGCGACUUGUGCUACGAGCCUCUGGAUGCAGUGUCCACCCCGACCCCUCCACCUGAAAAUGUGAAGAUUAAAAUUGUGCCUCGAGGAAAAGUUGUGGGCUUCCGCUGUGGGACAAAAAAUACUAUAGUGCCUCCAAAAGUCAGCUGGUAUAAGGACGGAGAGCAGCUAUUGACAUCCAUUCCUGGCUACAUUGUAAUUAAAGAUCGGGAUCUGAGGAUCAUAGCCAAUGAAUUCAACGAAGGUACCUACACCUGUCGCAUCCAUCGCCGUGGUAAUAUAGUCUCCGCCAACUCUUGGGCCAUCCGCCUGAAGCCAGAGCAGUCCUCCAACAAUAGCUGAUGGAGGGAGAUU